UUGCUUUUCUCAGCGUCUUCCACUGUCAGUUAUGAGAAAUAUGGGAACAAUGGCACAAGCUGGGUCCAGUGUCCUAGUCUGGGUGGCCUGUCUACUCCUGGCAUUUCCUGCCACCGGCACUGGACCCAAAGUCCCUCAGCCUGAAGUGGAUACCCCCCUGGGUCGUGUGAGAGGCCGGCAGGUGGGUGUGAAGGGUACAGACCACCUGGUGAAUGUCUUCCUGGGCAUUCCGUUUGCUCAGGCACCUCUAGGGCCUCUGCGGUUCUCAGCCCCACUCCCACCACAGCCCUGGGAAGGUGUGAGAGAUACCAGCACCAAUCCCCCAAUGUGCCUGCAGGAUGUAGAGAGAAUGAGCAACGGCAGAUUCACCCUCAACGAAAAGCUUCAGAUCUACUCUAUUUCUGAGGACUGCCUGAUCCUCAACAUCUACAGCCCCACUGAAGCCACUGCAGGGGCCAGACUGCCGGUCAUGGUAUGGAUCCAUGGGGGCUCUCUGGUAGUUGGUUCCGCCACCUCCCAUGAUGGAUCAGCCCUGGCUGCCUAUGGGAAUGUUGUAGUAGUCACUGUCCAGUACCGCCUUGGGAUCUUUGGCUUCCUCAGCACCGGGGACAAGCACAUGCCGGGCAACCGAGGCCUCCUAGAUGUGGUAGCUGCUCUACGCUGGGUGCAGGGAAACAUAGCCCCCUUUGGGGGUGAUCCCAACUGUGUCACUAUCUUCGGUAACUCUGCUGGUGGCAUGAUCGUCUCGUCCCUGGUCCUGUCUCCAAUGUCUGCGGGGCUCUUCCACAGAGCCAUAUCCCAGAGUGGGGUUAUCAACAGCAAGAUACUGAAGGAGAUGAACCCAUGGCCUGAAGCUCAGACCUUUGCCAGCUCCUUGGCCUGCAGCUCCGUAUCCUCGGCUGAGCUGGUGCAGUGUCUGCUGCAGAAGGAAGGAAGGGACCUUAACAAGCAGAAAAAUGUGAACAUUUCCUACAUAAUCAACGACUCCUUCUUCCCAAGAAGCCCAGAGAAGCUCCUAACGGAGAAGCAAUUCCCCACUGUGCCCUACCUCCUGGGAGUCAACAACCAUGAGUUUGGCUGGCUCAUGCUCGAGGUCUGGAAUAUCCUGGAUAAGUUGGAACAUUUGAGCCAGGAGGAGCUGCUGGAGAUUUCAAGGCCCUUCUUGGCCCUUAUGGAUAUGCCCCCUGAGAUUGUGUCCACCGUCAUAGAUGAAUACCUAGACAAUGGCUCAGACGGACCAGCUGCAAGGUAUGCCUUCCAGGAACUGCUAGGUGAUAUCGUGUUUGUCAUUCCUACCUUGAACUUCUCAAGACACCUCCAAGAUGCCGGGUGCCCUGUCUUCUUGUAUGAGUUCCAGCAUACACCCAGUUCUUUUGCAAAGUUCAAGCCAGCCUGGGUGAAGGCCGACCAUGGGUCUGAGAGUCCCUUCGUUUUUGGAGGUCCUUUCCUCACAGAUGAGAGCAACCUCCUGGCCUUCCCAGAGGCCACAGAGGAAGAGAAGCAGCUAAGCCUGACCAUGAUGGCCCAAUGGACCCAGUUUGCACACACAGGGAACCCCAAUGGCAAGGGGUUGCCUUCUUGGCCCCAGUUAAACCAGUUAGAACAAUACUUGGAGAUUGGCCUAAAACCACGGACUGGGGUGAACCUAAAGAAGAACCGGCUACAGUUCUGGUCAGAGACACUGCCCAGAAAAAUCCAAGAGUGGCACCAACAGCAGAAGACCAGAAAAUCUCCGGAGGAACUCUGAGGCAGAACCUACCUGGACUUUCCUGACUGGGGCCAACCCAAAGAGUAGUGGAGUCCCAGCAGGGUUUCUAGAAACUUUAACCUGGACCAGGCUGAUGUGAGCACAUGUUCCUUAAAGCAUCAGCCACUGCAAGACAGGUGCAGUGCACUAGCGAAAUGUCACCACACUGGUUUCUGCCUCUGGACCCUUGCACAAGCUCCUACUUCUUCCUGGGGUGUCUUGAAUCCUUGCUCUAUGGCAAGAUCCAGCACAUUACUCAAGCUCUUCAGAAGAUCUGUUCUCCUGGGAAAGCUCCUCUGCCUUCUCUAGGCGAUGUGUGCCCAUUAGAACCCAGUCUACCAUGAGCUCACAUCGUCCAUGUCUGUGUCAUUGUCCCUCCCACAGAAAGUCUCUAAAAAUGGAAGUAGAUCACCUCACUCUGUCACCCACGGCAAGAUUAGGCAGGACCUGGAGGCAGGGAGUGUUUCAUAAAUGAAUGACAGACAGAAUCUAUGAUCGUGGGUUCUAGAUUUGAACCCAGACCCUUCAGGCACCAAAAUCAUGUUCCAUCCCCCACAGAUGUCCACCCUGACCAGGAAGGUGACCUCCAAAGGCAGAGCUCUGUUGAGGUGGAAGUCUUGGGGCACAGGGGGCCCUAGCUUCGAACAAACCUAGCACCUAGAGGUCUCCAACCAGGACCUAGUCUCCUUCUCUCUACUCACUGGCCUUUGCUUCUGCAAAAGCAGAACAGAACCCAGCAAGGUCACCCUCAUCAGAUACAGUCUUUAGCUUCCGAGCUUAUAGACAAAGGGCAGGGGCUCCUCCCUUGCCUACCAGCAGCAGAGGACAAUCACAACAAUCUGCCUGCAUCUCAUGGGAUCCACCAGGACACAGCAGUGAAGGUCAGGACAAAGGGUCUGAACCGGUACAGCGGUCAGCACAACCCUAGAGUGCCCACUCAGGCCACAGAUUUUUAGAAUAGGAUAUUCAUGUUCUUUUUCAGAAUCAGUAUAUCAUUCCCUCAAAACAUCUGGAUUUUGAGACUGGGGAGGGGGUACCCCAGUGAUUGAGCAUCUGCUAAGUGUGCAAGAGGAACUAUUCAAUGCAGCACACACUCAAAACAAAUCUAGAUUUUGAUCCACUUCCCAGUGUCUUGCCUUGUCCCCACUAUCCCAUCCUAUGAGCCCCGGUACCACAAAGAGCUUCUCUACCAGACUGUAUCAUGGCUGCUAAUGGUUCCAUGGAAAGCAUUUGUAACUGGGGCAGUUAUGCUCUGGGAAGUCCCUUUGAGCAAGGAGAGAUACAAAGCGGAUGGGCUCUGAGCCCUUUCACACACACCCCUAUUCAAAAGCUCCCCAUGACUUCCUGUUCCUCUUAGGGUGGGUUCGAGGUCUUCCCAUGGCAUUAAAGUUUUGCUCUUCUCAA